CUUUGGAAACCUGUCUACUGGCCUUCUCCAGACAAUUCCUUCCAGAUCCAGGUAUCCGUGCCCGAGGAUCCCAGGCUGAUGGGGGCCCAGCUCUCCUCCCAGGCUGACACCAAGGCGCCCCGGGAGACACUGCGCUUCCACCCUGAGGCCAAGGGCGCGCAGGUGCGUCUAGACGCCCAGCGGUGCACUGCGCGCAGGAACGCCACGUUCCACGACGGCAUCGUGUUCAGCCAGCGGCCGGUGCUUCCCGGGGAGCGGGUGGCGGUCCGCGUGGUGUGGCACGAGGGCGGCUGGUGCGGCGGGCUCCGCGUGGGCUUCACGCGCCUGGACCCCGCGCGGGUGUCCGCGCCCAGCCUGCCACCCUUCGUGUGCCCGGACCUGGAGCUGCAGAGCCCGACAUGGGCGGCCAUGCUGCCCGAGGGCUGCGCGCUGGCGGGGGACGUGGUCUGCUUCUGGGUGAACCGCAGGGGCCGGCUCUUCGUCAGGGUCAACUCGGGCCCCCGGCUGCUGCUGCGCAAGGGCGUGCUCAUGGGCGCCCCCCUCUGGGCCGUGAUGGACGUGUACGGGACCACCAAGGCCAUCAAGUUACUGGAUCCCACAGCCAGUGCCUUCCCCUCAACCGUGCCACGGGCCCUCAUCGAUGAGUCUCUGCAGCCGGAAGCCACAGCAGGAGAGGAAUGUGCCAUCUGUUUCCACCACGCUGCCAACACCUGCCUGGUUCCCUGCGGCCACACACACUUCUGCAGCUACUGUGCCUUGCGGGUCUUCAGGGACUUGGCCAAAUGCCCUGUAUGUCGCUGGGAGAUCAAGGCGGUGGUCCCAGCGUGGGGCCCUCCCAUUCUGAGGACUGGGGAGGGCCUCCUGAAGCAGGUAGCAAAUUGAAUCUAGCUCUGAGCCAGAGGGAGGAGGUGCAGCCCCACCUCCGUUCUGGAGAAGAGUCAGAAAAGCUGGUCAUCAACAAGAGAUGGGGGCAGGGAGGCUCUUUCCCCCUCCCCAACAGGUUGGGGUCCGUGGAGCAAGGAGGAGCCCCUUUUUCUGCCCACACCAGAACUCCCUUCCUAGUGGGGUUCCUGUAGAAAGUGGCUCAGCAGUGGGCCAGCAGGCUUCUGGUCCCCCGCUGCUUGGCUCCAAGUUCAUUUGUGCGCAGGGCUUGCCGAGGCUUUUGGCUGGCCACCUGGUCCAGCCACCAUAGACCUAGCAAUCGUGGUACGCGUAGGUCACAUCCAUGAGAAGGGCCUUUAUAUAGAGAUGAGACAGCCUGAUCCCUAGUUUCAUAGCUGGGGAAGUUCAGGUAACUGCAUGUAUCUGGUGAAAUCCCAGCCCACCCCUGGGUAUUGAGGAGCCUGGACCAGACACACAGAGGCAUCUGGGUGGAAUGUUUACAGUCCUGUGUGGACGCUGGGUGACCCCUGACAAAUCCUCCAUAAAGUGGAUAGGAGAGACCUGCUUGCCUGCCUUGCAGGGUGAUUGUGAGGUUCCAGUGAGAUCGCGUUUCUGAAGAGGUUUCCGCACAUGAGACUAUACUGUCGUUGCUAUGCCUUU